CGCGGAGAAGUCGCGGGCCGCUGCCGGGAGCGCACUCGCAGCUCCUGCGAAGUGUGUCCGCCUCGCGGUUCCUCGCUCGCCUGCGCUCCUAGAAGGGGCGGCCGCCUCCAGGUGACACAGACGGGACUCUCGCUUGUGCUUUCCAGAUGCAUCAGAGAUACUUUUGGACUGACCAAGGCCAAGUGGCGUUCGGAGGGCACUACAUGGCCGAGGGCGAAGGGUACUUUGCCAUGGCAGAGGACGAGCUGACCGGCGGCCCCUACAUCCCCCUGGGUGAUGACUUCGGCGGCGGCGGUGGCGGCGGCGGCAGCUUCGGCGACCGCUGCUCGGACUAUUGCGAAAGCCCCACGGCGCACUGCAACGUGCUGAACUGGGAGCAAGUGCAGCGGUUGGACGGCAUUCUGACCGAGACCAUCCCGAUCCACGGGCGCGGCAACUUCCCUACGCUCGAGCUGCAGCCAAGCCUGAUUGUGAAGGUGGUGCGGAGGCGUCUGGAGGAGAAGAGCAUAGGUGUCCGCGACGUGCGCCUCAACGGCUCGGCCGCCAGUCACGUCCUGCACCAGGACAGUGGCCUGGGCUACAAGGACCUGGACCUCAUCUUCUGUGCUGACCUGCGUGGGGAAGAGGAGUUUCAGACUGUGAAGGACGUCGUGCUGGAUUGCCUGUUAGACUUCUUGCCCGAAGGGGUGAACAAGGAGAAGAUCACACCGCUCACUCUCAAGGAGGCUUAUGUGCAGAAAAUGGUUAAAGUGUGCAAUGAUUCUGACCGGUGGAGUCUUAUAUCCCUGUCAAACAACAGCGGCAAAAAUGUGGAGCUGAAGUUUGUGGAUUCCCUCCGGAGGCAGUUUGAAUUCAGUGUAGAUUCUUUUCAAAUCAAAUUAGACUCUCUUCUCCUCUUUUACGAGUGUUCAGAGAACCCGAUGACUGAGACAUUCCACCCCACCAUCAUCGGCGAGAGUGUCUAUGGUGAUUUCAACGAAGCCUUUGAUCACCUUUGCAACAAGAUCAUUGCCACCAGGAACCCAGAGGAAAUAAGAGGGGGAGGCCUGCUUAAGUACUGCAACCUCUUAGUGCGGGGCUUCAGGCCUGCCUCCGAGGAGAUCAAGACCCUCCAGAGGUACAUGUGUUCCCGGUUUUUCAUUGACUUCUCAGACAUCGGAGAACAGCAGAGAAAGCUGGAGUCCUACUUGCAGAACCACUUCGUGGGCUUGGAAGACCGCAAGUAUGACUAUCUCAUGACCCUUCAUGGAGUGGUAAACGAGAGUACGGUGUGCCUGAUGGGACAUGAAAGGAGGCAGACUUUAAACCUUAUCACUAUGCUGGCAAUCCGGGUGCUAGCUGACCAAAAUGUCAUUCCUAAUGUGGCUAAUGUCACUUGCUAUUACCAGCCGGCCCCCUAUGUUGCAGAUGCUAACUUUAGCAAUUACUAUAUUGCACAAGUUCAGCCGGUGUUCACAUGCCAGCAGCAGACAUAUUCUACUUGGUUACCCUGCAACUAAGAAUCAUUUAAAAAAUGUCCCAUGGGGAAGCCAUUUCAAAUAAGAUAGGGGGAAAAAAAGAAAGAAAAAAAAAAAAAGGAAGGAAGAAAAAUUAUGACACAACACCAAAAAGGGAAGUGACCCAGUCCUAAUUAGGGACGUGUUUUGUGCACUGAGGACUUGCUCCUGAUUUUAAAGUUGGCAAUGCUUUUGGAUCUUUCCAUCAGUAAGGGAGCAUGAUCUCAACCCGUCACCCGUCACCCGUCACCCUUCCUAGCCACCUACCCCACCUAUGGUCUCUACCCAACUGGAUGGUAUCUUGAAACAAAAGAGGCCUGUUGGUAAAAAGCAGCCAGAUUCUCCUAAAAUAACAAGAGAAUUUUUAAAAAGGAAAAAAAAAAAAAAAAAGGCUUGAUUUUGACAAUAUGGGUUUGCAGUAGCUACUCCCAUAGCUCUGCCACAGGGAAGGGAAUGGUGGACAAACUUUUCAGAUGGCAUUCACAAAUGGGAAAAUACAGAGGAGGAAAGCCUUGCCUAUCGCAAGAGGAGGUCAGAAAGUAACAGGCGAAAGCAGGGCUGCUAGAAGGGAUUACCAUCUCUCUUGAAGCCUUGAAGCAAGUGCUCUCUUUGGAAUGAUCCUGUUUUCCUCAUAGAAACAGCUCAAUCCAAACCAACAGUAGGUCAGUCGAUGCUGUCCUCAUAACAAACAGUAGAACUUAAGGAUGACACGACCCAUUAAUUCCAGCUUCGUGCAUAGCUUGCGGAUUUUUAUUUUAUUUUAUUUUAAAUGUGAAGAUGCAAGCAAAAAACAGCUGUUGCCAAGAAAACAUGCUCAAGGACCAAAGAUUUAACAGAUAAAAAUUCCCAAGCAGAAGAGAUAGGAUAUAUAGAGUUACUAUAUUUGUUACACACCAAUACACAUCAAAGUGCCUGUUGCUUUCAGAAGAUUUGAAGUGGAAAAGGUUAUUUUAUGGUUUGAUAAUUAUUUUAUUUUAUCAGGGACUCAAGAAAAAAAUAAAACAACAUAUAAGCUUGUGAAUGGUGGAGGAAAUGCCCUAUUUUUUUGGCAAAUACCUAUAUAAAGUUGAUACUGUUUGGUGUGAUGUUAUCAUAGGUACGUAUAUAUUGUUUGUGUGUAUACACACACAUAUAUGUGAUAUGUAUGUAUGUAUGUAUAUAUACACACACACUACUUUGUCUAUGAUCUAAAAUAAUGUAUCAAAUAGGAAAAAUUUAAAUAUAGUGCUUUUUAUGUUUUUGGUAGGAUCUUAGAAGACAUGGGCAUACUGCAAUGAUGACUUAAAACCCAUAAAAAAUAAGACAAGUGGAGGUAAAUGAGUAAUAUAUUUGUAGGAAAAGCAGAGAUUACACAUUUUUAGUGAGUUUUUUUCUUAUUUUCAGUGAACCAGAGAAUUUCACAAAUGGAAGAAUAUUUGGUAGCAUACUUUUUAAUUGACUUGACUUGACAUUUUGAGAAUCUGAACCCCUCCCCCUUAAAUAAAUAGAAUCACAUACCUUCAAGGCUUAGAACUUGUGGAUCAUGGACAAGAGAUAGGAUAACUAAAUCCAUAAACUGCGAAAAAAAUAAAAAGAAUUCUGGAACCCGAACACUACUUCCUAAUAUUUAAAUGAAAUACAAAUGAGUGCAUUCUACAUUUUGGACCACUAGAAUUUAAUAAAUGUGAAAUGACCCUUUUUAAAGAGUAUUUGCACAACUACAUAAAGUUUAUAUAUAGGAUAUAUAUAUAUUAUAUAUAUAUACAUUUUAUAAAUUUAUCCAAUAUGAAAUAUGUUUGAUCUGGUUGUCACACUGCAUAGAAAUAUUUAGUACUGUACCUUAAAUUAAAUCACUUUGUAUUCGAUCAAACCCAACUUUAGUUUUCUCUCCCAAGAGACCAUUGGUAUACCUUUGUGUCGUGAACUGAUAUUUUCAUGUUCAGUGACAGCUAAACUUAAGUCCUGUCCCAGCUCUGUAGACACUGGUCUCUGAAAUAUAACAUUUCAAAAACGAAACAGAUGCAUUAAAAACCUUUCCUUCUUGUGAUACAAUCACAUAGUCCCCUGGAACCUUAGUGAAUGACUGCUAAGUAUGGUAAUUCCUCUGCAGAGCCAGUCAGUGACAGAGACGCUAGGGUGAAUGUAACUCUCUCACCUUGGCAAUGAUGUUAUCUCAGCAUCUCUCAGCUUCUCCUGGCCAGAUUAGUCCAGGUUGACCUGUUUGGACCACUCUUCUGUGCAUCUAUAUCUGAAGCCUUACCAGCAACCAGAUUGGCUCUGAUUGGACAGCUUCCCUGAGAAUCCUCACCAAGCUGCCACAGCCCCCAACACUGCCACUCUCUUUUAUACGGAACCGAUUUUACUCCCGUGGUGGUCCAGUUUUCCCCUUCACUGCCCUGCAUUUGAAAAAUCAUAUGCGAAGUCCCAGGAAACCUUGUUCAGCCUGCAGCUGAAGCCUGGAACUCACCUAUCAGAAACCACAGUCCAGCCCACUUAGCUCUCCUGCAAGUUCUCCUGGACUGCUGGGGGCGGGAGAGGGGGGCGCAGAGGCUCUUCUGCUCAUGCUAACUCUGCAAAUAUGAGUUGUCCACUGUUUUGAAAGGUCUGGAGAUUUUGGGCUCUGCCAGAGUAGCAACCUGCUGUUAAUUGACAGCACAGGUUUUUGUUUGAAGGGGCCUUAUUAGAAAAUAUGUCAUAUGUCUUUCAUUUACUUUCUCAAGUAUUUCUAUUCCCUUGCUUGCUUACUUAGCUAAGUCAAAAGAACUUAGUCAAAAGAACCAGCCCAUGACAUUCACAUAGAACAGACUGUGUUCAAGGCAACUUUUGGCAUUUACUUUAACCCUUAUAUAAUUUAUUUCUAUUUUGUGCAUACUAUAGUCCUGUGCAUAUGUAGUUGAACAUGCAAGGGAAUAUAUGUCUCUCUGUGUGUGGAUGUGUGGCCUAAAACUCUGAAUGUCAGAGUAAAGGACAGCUCUCUCUCUGCAUCUAAUCAGUGCCCACGGUGUGUUUGCUCUUGUGUUUGUCUGGCCUAGUGUACUGUUACUUUGCAACAGGGAGAAGCUUUGCCUUCUGAAGGUUCUUCUCACGUGUCCAGCCUGGCAUGUCAGAGAACACUUAGCCUGUGACUGUGUCCUUUUACAAAGUUUACUUCAUCUGCAGUAAAUUCAACUGCCUCAAGAACUCUUACAAGGGGAUGGACCUUCCAAAGUUGAACAGAGAGCUUGCGCUCUUUGGUAUAGUUAGACUGUUUUGACCUGGGUCCAAAAAAACACAAGGAUGGGCAGAAUACUCAAGCCAAGCAGGAAAUGAAAGGAAAAGUGAACAUACUGUUUUUUUUUUGCCACCCCUUCUGUUUGCUGUCGUUGGUUGCUUUACUGUGCAUAUCCUUGUUUUAAUGCAAUGCUUGUUAAAUAAAUAUUGUGAACUAUUUUGUAA